CCAUAUCCAUCUUCUCAUUUCCUGCCUUUUGUAGCCACUAAAUAAUAUAAAUCCUCUUUCCUCACCAUCAUCCCCUCCUUCCAAGCACUGUCGUAGAUGUAGCAAGAAUAAAUUAAAGUCCUUGAAUGACCAUGGCAAGCCUCUCAUGUACCCUCUACUAGCUAACGCCGCCUCUACUCUUCCUAUCGAGAAGUUUUCAUCCUGUAUCAUUCUUCCUACCAAACUUCUCGCACGACCCUCCAAAAUCACCUUUCACGUCAAGCGAUUCAAAGUGCAAAUCACCGAAUUCGUCCACAUUAGCAAUGUAACUUGCUAUGCAUCACUGUUGAAAAGAGUGUAUAUUGUAAUGGGGCAGGACUUACUUCAAGGUUAUGAAUAUUCAUUAUAUCGAUUAGAUACAGAGUCUCAUAUUGCUGGGAGGCUUCAGCACAUGCCAGAGAGAGUUGUUCGUCCAAGACAAUUUAAAAUCCCUGUUGUUCCAGACGAACGUGUCAGGCCUCUUCUUCGGAGAGCAGGAUUUGAACAUGUGGCGUUCAUGCCACCCUUCGAUUAUGACUCAUCACUAGUGUCAGCAUGGAUAGAGCGAUGGCGGCCAGAGUCACACACGUUUCAUUUACCCUUGGGAGAGUGCAGCGUAACAUUGAAAGAUAUCUCAUUUCAGUUGGGACUCCGCAUAAAUGGAGAUCCUGUAGCUUUCUUAGGCAAUUGGAAGCAAGACUACAGUCGAGAUAUUAUUCCUCAGAUAUGCCAUGAUUUGUUAGGGAUAACUCCCAGUUUCAAUGACAUACAAGGACAGAGCAUCAAUAUGUCAUGGUUUCAACAACAUGUGUGCAGACCAUUGGGAGAAACCCCAAGUCAUGUCCGCCUGGAGCAAUACACUCGUGGUUAUAUUAUGAUGGUAAUUGGUGGCUUUUUAUUCCCAGACCAAUCAUCAGAUGUAAGGGUUUCAGUCAAGUGGUUGCCUCUUUUACAAGAUUUGGAUGCAUGUGGUAGAUUGAGUUGGGGUUCAGCAGUGCUUGCAUUUAUGUAUCGAAUGUUAUGUCAUAGUACCAAGUUUGACCAAUCAAAUAUUGGUGGAUGUGGAGCUUUAUUAUUGUCUUGGAUAUACCACCAUGUUCCUAUGUGUCGUCCCAAUGGCUAUGACCAACGACGCAUAUUUCCAUUGGCAAAGAGGUGGGCUGGAUAUAAAGUUAAGAAUGAUGGAGAGGGUCUUAAACUAAGAUAUUGGAGGCAAGUGGUAAACAACAUUGGCAUCAAUGAUUUUGAGUGGACACCAUACAAUGAUGUGCAUAUUCAACACUUGAUUCCCCAAGAGAUUUAUCAUGAUGCUUUGUCAUGGAGCUCCGUGUGCCCACUAUUAUGCUUUUCGAUUGUUGAGUGGCACCAAGUGGAUCGUGUGAUUCGUCAUUUAGGUGGACUUCAAUAUAUACCGAGGUGUCCCCUAAACAUAGAUGAGAUGCACAGUAGUGACGAACGCUUUGGAAAAGGUGAUGAGUGGUUCCCUUCCUACUUGAAAGAUUUUUUGUACGAAUAUUGGACAAAAAGAGAGCACAAUAGAGUAUUUGUCUUUUACCACAAUGACCACCGUCCUUCGGCUAAGUACUUGCAAUGGUACCAAGCAUGGGCACAUACCACUCUGAAAGAACAAGGGGGCCAACCAGAUAUUGCACAGGAUGAUAUUCCAUUAGAUUUACCUCUGUUAAUGCCUUAUCCACCAGAGAUUCAACAACCUAAAGAUGAUGUCUUACCUCUAGUGUAUCCUAGCCUAGGUCAUAAGGGACCCAAAGGUGGAGGAUCACAACAUGUUACUAGUGGAACUCGUCACGGUCUACAGGACACUGAGGGCAGAUGUCGUGAUACUCGAGGUUCUGGGGCCACAACAAGCCGAUACACUCGUGACCAAGUCGUGUCAUCGUCGUGCGUGCCAGAGAGCCAACCGACACCGAGGGCAGAUCAGGGUGGGCCAUCUUACUAUAUUCCGGAAAUGGAUCGAGCUAGCUCAUCCUACAACGCUCCACAAAUGGGUCAGUCUGGGUCAUCAAACUAUAGAAUAAUAAUGGCAGGAGAGGAUUUCAUUCUACCUUCAAAUCCUACUGGGAGCAUGAUGGUUGAAGUUGUUGGCGAUACCAUCACUACACUAAUGGAAAGGAUGAAUUCUCUAGGUGUUUUUGGGAAGAAGAUAACCGACGUCAAAGAUAGUAUCAUACGCCAUCUCUCACCCAUCAAAAUGGUGGCAGAGCCAAGUGAUGGUCCUACACUCCCUCUUACACCUAAUUGGCUAAAUGAUGUUAUAGAUGCGCUCACCGAUUUGUGGGACUUGCUGGACGAUCAUGGCAUUCCUGCUGACGCUACUCCACUUCCAAAGAGGGGCAAUGUAUGCUUCUCUUCAUGUCACCUUGCAUCUUGUGGCCUACUCCACAAUCUGCAGAAAAUCGAAAAGCGGCUACAACCCAUUGUAGUUUAUGUGACCAAGAUGCUGAUAGACAAAAGAAGCACGUUUAUAAAGACGGUUGUGGAAGAAGGAGAAAGAAAGAUUGUCGGAAGAGACAACGAACAGGAAGAAAUUAUAAAUAGGAUUUUGUCUUUGACCACAGUGGAAGGUGUCGUUUUGGUGAUUAGGAUUGUGGGGAUGAAAGGGACUGGGAAAACAGCACUUGCUGAAUUAGUUUGCCGUGAUGUUAGAGUGACAACAAAAUUUUCGGUUAUAUGGAUCGGUGGUAUCCAUGACAAUUCUUAUGUUGAGUCUGUCAAGAAAGAAAUGCUUCGUGGGAAAGGAAAGAAGAAAAUUGAAGAUCUUAAUCCUGAAGAAGCCACCAGAAGAAGUAGAUUCCUUCUAGUGCUGGAUGAUUUACGAAGCGAGAACCAUGAAGAACUGCUCAGUCUGCAAAGAGAACUGAGAAAGGUUCCUGGCUCAUCUGGUGGUGCGAUCCUUGUAACCACGCAGAAUAGUCUAGGGCCCCGCAAGCUGGUCCAAAAUACGUGGACACUAGACAUUCUGAGAGAGGAAUAUUGUUGGGCUCUAUUUGAGAAAGUUAUAGGAGGAGGUUCAAGUGAAUCAAAGACCAGUGAUGCCCAAAAGAAGUUGAUUAAAAAGUGCUGGGGAGUCCCUGCAGCAAUAACAAAAUUGGCAACAAUGUUGAAGACUCAUGAAGCAAUUUCUGAAGCAGACAUAAAGAAUUUGGAGCGGAAAUUCAUGCAGGAGAUGAAGACGAUGUACUACGAUGAGCUCCCCUCCUGGCAUCUGAAACAAUGCUUUGCUUAUUUACCAUUUAUAUUCCCUAAUAAGACACGUCAAGUAGUCAAGGUUGAGACACUAGUUCAGCUUUGGAUGGCAGAGGGAUUUUUGGGCCCAUUCAAUUCUUCUUCUCAACCAAAACAAUUGGGAGUUAGCAUUAUAAAAGAAUUCUGUCGCACAUCAAUCCUUUCCGUUAGAGAAGACGAAUUUGGCAGCAUUACACAUUGCUGGAUGUAUAACCCAUUAUUGUUUGAUCUGUCAAGAUUCGUAGCCGGCGAGGGUCGCUUCUACAUGGAUGACCGUGGCGAGAAUGUCAUGCAAACUGUCCGUCGAGUGUUACUAACUCAAGACUUUGACUUUUCAAAUGGGAUUCCCGAAUCCCUCAAUAAAAUUAAGAAACAUUUGCGUACCAUUCUCUUCCCCCUACCAGGUAACAACAACUGGUCCUCGCGAAUUCCACAUGAUGUCACUUUAAGCCUGUCUGCAUGUGAUGCGAUUUUCCGUGCAUUCCAGAGUUUGCAUGUGUUGGGCCUAGCAGAUUUAGGCAUGAGGAUGCUGCCUAGUUCAAUUGGAGAGUUAAAGCUCUUAAGAUACCUCAACUUAUCUCAUAAUAACAUGGAGAAACUUCCCGCUUCCAUUGGAAAGCUAAAGCGCUUACAGUCAUUAAAACUGUCCCAUUGCCAUCAACUCAAAAAUUUGCCUGAUGAGGUACAGCAUUUAGUGAAUCUCAAGCAUCUGGAGCUAGAGGGGUGCCUGGAUCUGGCACACAUGCCGUCAACAUUGGGGAAGCUAACAAAGCUUGAGAAAUUGUCCCAUUUCACAGUCAGCAACAACAAUUGCAAGCACAAGCAAUUGCAAGGUUUUGCAGAAUUGAUAAAUCUUAAAAACUUAAGGGGGAAGUUGGAAAUUCUACACUUGGAGCGCUUCAAAUUUGAGGAACCACGGCAUGUUGGGGGUGCCUAUUUGAAAGACAAAGAGCAUCUUGAGGACAUCAGUCUGAAAUGGAGUCAUGAUGAUGAUAACAAUAAGAAAGAUAAUGACCCAAAAUCACUGCUGGAUCAUCUUGAGCCACAUCCAAAUCUUCGAGGAUUAUCUAUAACGGGAUAUAGAGGUACAGCAUUUUCAACCUGGCUCUCGUCUCUCAAAAAUCUUGUUAGCUUUACUUUGAACAACUGCUCCAUGUGCACAUCUCUCCCUGCAUUGAACGGAUUCCCUAAUCUUAAAGUUCUCAGACUUGAAAGGUUGGACUCUUUGGAAUACAUAACAGAUGGAACCAAAGGCAGCACAGAACUGGGGUUAGGCAUGCUAGAAUAUUUGUCGAUAUCAGAUUGCCCAGACCUCACAAGUUGGUGGAGGCCUAGUGAAACCGCUCAUAACAAUGCCAUAUUAUUUAGCUCCCUGUCAAUUUUGGAUGUUAAAUACUGUCCAAAACUAAGUUCUAUGCCAUUGUAUCCCAAUCUCGACAUGAGGCUGAUUUUGGAGGGUUCCAGCAUGAGAACGCUGUUGGACACCAUAAAUUAUAGGUCAACUUCAAAUCCUGCUCCUCCCCUCUCCAGAGUACUAUGGUUGAAAAUUAACAACGUAGAGGAAGAGUCUUAUCUACCGAAUAACUGGCUAGAAAACUUUGUAUCACUCCAAUAUCUUUGGAUCAGUGAGAAAAUGUCAGUGGUCAAAAGUUUCAGACAUCUUCCCUCACUUAACACCAUGAUCAUCACAAACUGUACAGGAGUGGACUUACCUAGUGAGGAAUGGGGUGGUCUCAAAAUGCUCCGGCAUCUGACAAUACAAGAAGUUGCUAAGCUGAAAUCUCUUCCAUCAGGAAUCAAACAUCUUACAUCUCUAGCUGCUCUAUGGAUCAUCGGUUGUCCUGAGUUAAAAACUUUGACAGAGGAAAUAGGCAAUCUCAAAUCCCUUAAUAUUCUUCACAUUGAAAAUUGCCACAAGUUAGAUUCGCUUCCUAAAACAAUGAUCCAACUCAAAUCACUAAACAGGUUAGUGAUUAGGAGCUGCCCAUUGUUGUUGCCAAGGUGCCAAGAAGGAACCGGUGAUGACUGGCCACAGAUCAAGCACAUCAAAGAUAUCUACGUGGCUGGCACUUCUGAAGUCUUUGAGUAAUAACAUCAAUCAAGUCCGAACUGGUUCGGCUAACCGGUCUCUUGGGUACUUGACAAAAGACUUGCCCUAAGCCUCUAAUAAUCUCUCUCCCCCUCUAAAAGAUUGGUAUAGCUAUGCAGUUUUGCUACUUCUUUCUUCAGUCUUUGUUCAUACAAGUAUUACACCUCGGGAAUUGGUUGGGUAUUCCAAAUCUACCUGAAUUUCAACCUUCAUUCAGGUGAAUCCAGCUAUUGGUGAGAAUCAGAUGGAACUAGAUGAGUCUUCUGGGUAAGAUAAAGAUUUGGUGUCUACCUUUGAUGUCAUGUGUUUGUAUUAAAGGUUAAAUAAAGAAGGACAACAACCUUCGUUUUAUUAUCCAAAGAAAAACUUCUGAGAUACAUUUCUUUACAUUUUAUAUGUUAUGAUCCUUGAAAGUAUGUAACAUUACCAUGUUCGGGCUACUUUAAUCUAUGCAUAAAUUUAGUUGGAUCA